GUUUAUUUAUUUCAAAUUAUUUGUUGUUUACUUUUCAUGCAGAGAGAGUUUAGCGAUGCUCGUGGCACGCCAGAUUCCGCUUGGGGCAUUUGCAGUUAGAUUGCAGUCCAACGUGCAGAGAUCGAAGGUGACUUUGCGUUUCUUUCAGCGUUCAACGUUUUCCGUGCAACAGCGCCAUUCUGUGGAGCAGUGCCUGGUUUCAUUGAUAUCCGCCUCCUGUGCACAUCCCUCGGAGAAUCGUCUGCUCUCUAGCAAGGCCAGCACGCAAAGAGGCAUUAGCCCGAAAGCGAUUCUGCGGUUCUUCUCUGGCCAAAGGGAGAGUGAAGUCUCUAAACCAACCAUGGAAGCGAAGUGGUGGAGCAAAGAUACAGUCGCAGUUGUCACUGGAG